AUGCUUUCUUUGCUUAUAUCUGGUCCGCGAUCUCCUGGAAAUGACAUUGACAUUUAUUUGCAGCCAUUAAUAGAAGAGUUGAAGGUAUUGUGGGAGUUAGGGGUAGACACAUAUGAUGCUUCGAGAAAUCAAACCUUUCAAAUGCGAGCAGCUCUUUUGUGGACAAUUAAUGACUUCUCUGCAUAUGCUAUGUUAUCCGGAUGGAGUACAAAAGGAAAAUUGGCUUGUCCUUGUUGUAAUUAUGGCACUAAUUCUUGCUAUCUGAAACAUAGCCGGAAAAUGUGUUACAUAGACCAUCGUGUUUUUCUACCCAUGGAUCAUCCAUGGAGAUCUAACAAAAGGUCUUUCAAUGGAAAAACAGAAUUUAGGCCUCCUCCACAAUUGUUAAAGGGAACCGAUGUGUUUAAUAUGUUACAGAAUGUUGAAAAUGUGUUUGGGAAGAAGCAAAAGAAAUCAAAUGUCGGAACACUUUUGGAUAUAUCUGGCAAGACGAAGGAUCAUGAAAAUGCUCGUUAUGACCUCAAAGAGAUGGGCAUUAGGAAAAACCUUCAACCAAAAGAUACAAAGGAUGGCAAGAAAAUAAAGCAUGCACAAGCAUGCUACUGUAUGACUAAGGGAGAAAGAACUACUUUUGUGGUUAUCACACCAGAGGAUCUAGCUUGUUUGGAAGCAGAGAUUAGAGAAACAGUGAGCCAGUUGGAGCGAAUUUUUCCUCUUUGUUUUUUUGAUAUAAUGGUUCAUUUGGGUAUCCAUUUGCCAAACGAGCUAAGAUUAGGAGGUCCAGUCCAAGGCCGAUGGAUGUAUCCUCCUGAAAGAUUUAUGUGUAGGUUCAAGUCGUAUGUUCGUAACAAAAACCAUGUAGAAGGAUCCAUUGCUGAAGCAUAUCUAGUUGAAGAGUGUCUAAAUUUAUGCUCAAGAUACUUACAUGGUGGUGUACAUACCAGAUAUAAUAGAAGAUCCCGAAACAAUGAUGAAUGUGGUUUAACUGAUGCACAAACUUGUAGUUUGUUCCCUAACAAAGGUUGUCCUUUAGGAGGGAAAAUGGGUGAUCCAGAUGAGCUAGAUGACAAGUCACUAAAUCAAGCACAUAGAUACAUAUUGAGCGAUUGUGAAGAAAUUCAAGAUUAUGUCAGAGAGCACAAGCUUGAAGUUAAUAGUCAUGAGCGAAGAUCUAAAUGGAGCAAGGCCAAGACUCAUAGUCAAAACUUUGCUCAAUGGUUUGAAAGCCGUGUUUUGCAUGACGAUGUGCCUGAUUUGAUAAAACAAUUGUCUAGAGGACCAAGUUCAAUUGCUAAAAGAUACUCUGGGUAUCUCAUUAAUGGAUAUAGAUUCCAUGUGAGGCAGCGUGAUGUAAGGAGAAAAACACAAAAUAGUGGUAUUACAUUAGUUGCACUAACUACAAGUUUUGCAAGCUCAAAGGAUAAAAAUCCAGUUGAUGCAAAUGUGACUUAUUAUGGCAGAAUAAUUGAUAUAGUUGAGUUAGAUUAUUAUGGUCAUUUUAAGAUCCAAAUGAUCAAGAUAAAAAAGGGAAAACAAGUUCCUGAAGAUGCCCAAAGUGCAAUAUCUGAACUUCAAAACCGUCAACACUCUGGGGAAACAGCAGAUGAAGCAUUUCAGGCAGUGUUGGGAAAGGAGCAGCCUGGUCGAGCUGUUAGAGGCCAAAAUCUUCCACAUUCUUCUGGAUCAACUCAUGGACCAAUUCUUGAAAAGGAGAAGGUGUGUGAUGCAAUUGGUGGUAGAAAGUCAAUUUGA